AUGCCGGCAUACCGGUCAGCCGGCAUCCGCGUGCGCAUCGGCGCCGCGAGUCUUGCCGAUACCAUCACACCGGAUCUCGAAUUGCUCAAAGCGAAAGCGCGACCAAAGAGCGAGAGAGCGGAGGACCGGCUGCGGAAAGGUGAGCUACUUGUGGAGGAGAAUGUGCCGUUUCCGGGGGAUGAAGAGUGCAUGGGGGUUAAUUUCCUCGGGAACGUGCCGUUUCUGCAGGCCCGGGUUGGGAAAGACUUGUUCAAGAGCGGAACGGGAGACAAUGGCGAGGGGAAAGGCGUGGAUUGUGCGAAGAAGAAUGGGAGAGGGCAGGCAUUUACUGGAGCUGGAACUGGAGGACAUCGCUCACAAGGGCCGGCGGCGAGAACGCGUUCGCAUACCCCGGCGGCGGGAAGUGAAGCACACGUCGAGCUGCCACCCCAUGGCGCCGCUGGGUUUGAUCACACCGACUCAGAACCCAAAGCACUUGCAGUCCAUGUCCUACUCACUGAUACGACAUUCUUCCCAGGGCUCUAUGAUAAGCCACGGCACUUGAAGAUCGAAGUCUUCUUCAACGGUAUUCUAGCUAGCUGCGUCCGCGCUCACCCUAUAGAAGUGCGGCAGGAUAAUAGCCUGUAUCAUCAGAUGUUCUCUGGGUCGCGGAUCGAGUGGCUCGCUGAGCGGCCCUGGGUGUUUCUCCCUCCGGGGCAGAAUGCUGACGGGAGUUUUCGAGGUCCUAGUAUGACGAUUGGUGCGCAAGAGAGGUGGGGUCAGAUUUGUGCUGCGCUGUUGGAAGAGGCUGAUGAGCGGGGAUUCGAUGAGAAUGGGGAGCGGCCCCCGAGUGCGGCCUACUUGGAGAGUUUGGCGGUUAUGCAGAUGCCGGAGGAUGUCAAAGACAUGCAGAAGCCGGGAGGGCGGAGCUUUGGCGUUGUUGAUGUGGUUAUCGCGUAUGGACAGGGGAAGAAGUUGACAGCUGGUGUGUCGUAUUUGAAAGAGGUGACGAGGAUGGUGGAUGGGCGGUAUACGAAGCGAGACAGAGGUAAACAAGAGGAGGAACCAGGUAGACCAGCAGCCAGCCCUACCAGUCUUCCGCCCCUUCCCCCGUCUGUAUUUAAGUUUGGUGCUGCAGCUUCGUCAGCGUCACAGGUUGAUGGGCCAGCGUCCUGCUCUUCUGAUCUUGAUGCAGAAGGAGAUACGGACUCCGACUAUGAACCGGUUAGCCAGGUUACAGAGGGGGGGCACGGACUGGCAUGGACGCAACCACAGCUGAUGCCCGUGACACAAGAGUCAUUCCUCCCCCAAGUUUCGACUCCACUAACCCAAUUCCCGCCACACCCGCCUAUGGUUCCGAUGCCAGACUUUCAGAGUCCCUUUCCGGAGUUUGCGAAUCAAUUCGGAAGCCAAUUCGGAAUGGCCCCCUCUACCCAAUUUCCCAUACCAGCAGGAUUCCCAGAGGUAUCAGAACGAUUAAGGAUUAAGGCGCAAAACUUCUACCAGGCUACCCCAUCUCACUUCUCCUAUGAACCUCCGUUGAGGGGCCUCACUGCUCCCCCUCCACCCCACGGGUUCGCUAUUCGUCCAGGAAUGAACCAAGGAUUUGAGGCCCCUUCGUUGCCAACUCAAGAGCUUGCUCCGUUCCAGCAACAUCUUCAAGGCUUCGGCUAUUCUCCAGAAUCGAACCAGGCAAUUUCAAUGUCGUCCUCUACCCAAGGCCCUGCGGUUUCUCAUGCACCGCACCCCGGCCUUACUUUUCCUACAAAACCAGUUCAUAGCUUCGAAAUGCCUCCACCAACAAGCAUACCAAUUCAUGGAACGUCAGCACCUUCUCUAAAUACUCCCAUGCAGACGCAUGCAUUUUCCAGCCCUGCACAUUCACCAUACAAGAGAAGCCGGCAUGUCUCAAUGGGACCCGUCAAUGUGACUUCAUUCGACCCCAACGCUCCUCCAUGCGAUACGACACCUUCAUAUGGUAUUUCGCAUCGUGGGAUGUUCACCCAGGCUGGAAGCCCUACAGAUAUCUCAUCACAAUCGCAAAAGCAAAGAGCUAGCGGGCAAGGUUACGUUCACCUCGAGUAUAACCCGUUUGCAGCACAGCGAAAUCCCUUAGCUGAAGGGCCAUUGCCACCUGUUGGGCUCUUUCCUGUAACCAAGCGGCCUCGUCCAGGUUCUUUUGAUGAGGUCGUGGGCAUCAUUGACCCCAAUCAGCCUCGAUCUAGUAUUUUAGUGGAUCGUCUUGUUAUUACGGGAAAGCAUGGUGCACAUAUUGUAGAUCACCAAUGGAAGAUCGCGCAGAGGGUUGCCGUGAAGCAUGAAUACCCGAUUCCACGGCCCUCGCGGACAUCAAGGCUCCAGGAAUCCCCAGAAUCAGCAGAAUACAUUCAGCCUUCCACUAUAUCUCGCCGUCGAACGAGGAACGCGCAACCAGUAGAUCCGACAACCCCGCCUCUGACUUCUCCUGGCCCAACACAGGAUCUUGACAUGACAGUGAGCGUGGACAGGACAAAACGUGGAAUUAUUCAUGAGGGAAAUCUGGCCCAGAUUUUCGGGAAACCGCCGACCAUGGGACCUACGCUGAGUAGUGAAUCAUACGGCUGGGCUAUUCCGGGUAAUGGAAGUGAGAGGGAAAUAGGUGAACAGGGCGGUGAUAAUUCUUGUAGUGAUGAUGGUGUUCAAACGUUGCCAGCAACGCCUGUUGUAGCAUCGAAUUCCCGGGUUCCGGAAUCCUCGAGCGACGUGGGGGAUUUUCAGCAAGCGAGGGGGAAGAUGAAGAGCAAGCAAAAAGAAUUAAUGGUACAGGGGAAUGAGAAACCUGUAGUGGUUCAACAUAAGGCUUCGAAAGUUAGCGCUAGGCAAGCCCGUCGUAGGCCCUCGACCGUUGUUGAGUUUCUGGGGGACGAUGAUGGUGAGAGUUCCGAGCUUUCUAGUGUUCCGAGUUCUCCGGAGCCAGAAGUGAGGAAUGUGGGUAGAUCAACACGGCGCAAUCCCAACCUCCUCGCUAGCACCAACGACUCCGACCCUGAUUUCACGCCUAUCACCGCAGCAUCUUCCUCCUCAUAUAGGCAAACCACCCAGUCUCAACUCCAACUCGGAAGUAAGGUUCAGCGGGUGCGCCAACCCCGACGCCUUGAUCCUGAAAUUUUCGUCGAUAACCCUGCGCUGAAUCAGGAUUGUGCGAUCGCGUUUGCACAGGCGGGACCUUGGGCCAAUGGUCUGGGUCUAGAGACUGCAGCUACGGAUGGCGGGGAAUGCGUGGUGUUGAGGCAGGUUAAGGCGGAGAGGAUGGGAUGGUUUUCCGAGGAGGGAGUUGUUAUUGGGGUGAGGUAUUUUGUUGAGGGAUAGGGCGGGCGAGAAUGAGGUGGCGAGGUUGUGGAAGUAUGUGAGGGCAAGGAGAGGGAUGAAAUGUAAGAUAGCUAGUAAGGGUGUGUGUGAAGGAUUAUCCCGAGUGAGAGGAGACAGGGGCUUUUAGGCCUCGAGGUUAUAUGUUCAACAAGGAUUGAG